AUGGCCUCCGUAUCUCUCACGAAUAUCAUUUUCACCAGCAUCAUCCUGUAUAUAUUCACAAUCCUACUCAAGCUCCUGCAAAACUACCAAAGAGCGCGCAAGAUCGGAUUACCCAUCGUUUUCGUCCCCGUGGACCAAAGCAACAUCUUAUGGAUAAUUAUCUCCCCAAUCGUACGCCCGCUUCUAAAGCGCUAUCUUCCCAGGUUCAUCUACAACCGUAUAGUCAUUUGUAUCUUCGGACACGAGUUCCAUGAAAAGCUCGAGCCAUUCAAAAACUUUGUUGGCGGGCAGAAGACGUAUACCCUGAUAACACUACGGGGACUGGAAAUCUGGACCUGCGAUCCCGAUGUUUCGAUGGAUGUUUUGCGACGACCCAAGGAUUUCUCGCAGCUGGAGAUCGCAAAUAAGAUGAUGAGUAAAUUCGGGAGCAAUGUUCUAACUACAAGCGGGGCGGUUUGGGCGCGACAGAGAAAGAUCAUAGCAAGUGUAAUCAAUGAAAAGAUUAGCGGAGUUGUGUUUGACGAAAGCGUGAGGCAAACUGCCGGAUUUAUAGAGGAGUUUGGCGAAUCGAAGCCUGGUGAUAUAGGAUCGAGAAGUACAAAGGCCAAUCGAGUGAUUGAUGGAGUGACUUACAAGACGUUUGACAUGGUGAAGAAGAUCACCAUCCAUGUGCUGAGUAGGGCCGGUAUGGGUGUGACUCGGCACUGGAGAGAUGACGGGAGACAGAUUAAGAGCAGUGCUGCAAAGGCAGACCACGAUGAAGAUUCCAGGUUGAAAUUUGACCGCGCUCUUCAAAUGAUUCUCGCGAAUCUCGUCCCUGCGACCCUAGUGCCCGAACAGAUUCUUUCACAUUGGCCUUUCUUUCUUCCAGGCGCUCGGGAAAUGAGAGAUUUGGCGUCCGCAGUCCGGCAUCUCCCGAAAAUGUUCAGAGAUAUGCUCGGUCAAGAGGCGCCAGUAACGGACAGUUUCCAUGGUUCCAGCGACAAGGAGCCGAGCACAAAGAUCAAUAUCAUAAGUCAGCUUAUUGCUGCAUCUGAACUUGGAAACAAUCAAUCCGUAUCAACAGAUGCAAACAUCAAACAGGGGUGGACAUUGUCGAAAGAUGAGAUUGUAGGAAAUCUCUUCAUUUUCAACGCUGCUGGAUUCGACACGUCUGCGAAUGCCCUCUCGUUCGCUCUCGUGGUUCUAGCAGCCUAUCCACAUUGGCAGGAGUGGCUUUUUGAGGAGAUUGAUCAAAUCGUCCCCGAAGAUUCAGACGCCUCAAUGGAAUACUCAACUAUUUUCCCCAAAGCUAUUCGGACACUUGCCUUUAUGCUGGAAGUAUUGCGCCUCUUCCCACCUGUAAUUCACAUCGGAAAAACAGCCUUUAGCGGAAAUGGAGAAGCGGUCCAGCUUGUGAACCCGAUGAAAAAAGAUGGCGAGUCUGCAGUGACAACCGAAAUACCAAGCGGCGUUGUCAUUUAUAUCAACAGUGCGGCGUUGCAUAUGGCACCGGAGGUAUGGAGAGAUUUGAACCCUCAAGAUGAGACCCAGCACACUGGCCAUCGAGUUCAAAACAGAGAUGCAAGUCAGAGCGGCAUCAAAGCCAGCGGUAGAUUUGUUCCUGAUGAGGAGCUCUUCCGGCCCUCCCGCUGGAUAAAUCACUCUGACAACACGAUUUUCCAGCCGCCCCGUGGAAGCUAUCUGCCCUGGUCAGCUGGUCCCCGUAACUGUCCAGGGCAGAAAAUGGCACAGGUAGAAUUUGUUGGGGUGUUCCUCACUCUCUUCCGAUAUCAUCGGCUGGAGGCAGUCCGCCACGAGAUUCCGGUCAAGGUCAGCACUUCGGCUUCAAAAGAACAUAACACGAGAAGAAUGGAGACAAGAAAGGAGACCGAUGAUGAAGUGCGGCAGAGAUUAGAACGCGUGAUAGAUGGGUGUAGAAGCAAAUUGACUCUCGAGAUGGAGGUGUAUGGGGUUACGGACGCAGAGGAGGAAAAAGGAGGGAGGGGCGUGGGUUUGCGGUGGGUGAGAAGAAAGGCGCCAAACCGGCCUUGA